GUCUCUUGACUGGAGACAUGGUCAGUCUCUGUGGGGAGGUGGUGAGUUGCUGAGCCGGAUUUAGACGAUUAGUAGUGGACUUAGCAUUUACACUGAUAGGAUGGAAUAUGAUGUGUCACAGUGCAGUAAAUUGUAUAAUUGGAAUCACUUCUACGUGACCUUAAAGGACAGAGCCAGAGACCAUACAGAGCUGAACUUUUAUUGCCCUUGAUUCAUCCAUUAUUUUGGGCUUCCCCUCGUGGAUUAAGGAGCAGUGAAGCUGAGAAAAGCAGAUAGCCAUCAAUGAGUGUGACCAACUCCUCUGCCUACAGAUCGGAACGCAGCUUCCAGCAGACCUCUUCCUCCUCCUCAUCCUCCAACAACCCAUACAUGGAGAAGAGCAGGGGGCUCUUUGCAGAGGACUUUGGCUCUUUCAUGCGUCCUGGAACGGAUGCCUUGGGAUUUCCCAGUCGGACAGGGACAGCAGGGAAGAUCAAGACAAUGGGAGACAGCUACCAGUUCACAGUGGAUGUCCAAGACUUCUCUCCAGAGGACGUCAUUGUCACCACCUCCAACAACCAGAUCGAAGUACAUGCAGAAAAGUUGGCAGCAGAUGGCACAGUGAUGAACACUUUCACCCACAAGUGCCAGCUACCUGAGGAUGUGGACCCCACCUCUGUGACAUCAUCAUUGGGCACAGAGGGAACGCUAACAGUCAAGGCCCGUAGAAACCCAUCCAAGCAUGAGCUCACACAGACCUUCCGCACUGAGAUCAAGAUCUAAGAAGACAGACAGGACUCUCCCAUGAGCCAUUACCCCUGUUCCCUCACUGCCUGUAUUUUGUAAUGCUAUAUUCUGUUUUUCUCAUUUAAUGUCUUUAUCAUUAUAUGUUCAUUCUGCCCUUUAA